AUGGACAUGAGUUUGAGCCAGCUCCAGGAGUUGGUGAAGGACAGGGAGGCCUGGCGCGCUGCAGGCCAUGGUGUCACAGAGUCAGACAUGACUGAGCAACUGAACACCACCACCAACACUUGUUACUUCCUUUUGCUUGUUUAUAGUAGUCACUCUGAUGACUAUGUAUGUGUGUGUGUGAAAGUGAAAGUAUUAGUCACUCAGUUGUAUCCAACUCAUUGUGACUCUAUGGACUGUAGGCCUCCAGGCCCCUCUAUCCAUGGGAUUCUCCUGGUAAGAAUAGUGGAGUGGGUUACCAUUCCUUUCCCCAGGGAAUCUUCCCGUCCCAGGGACUGA